AUGUCUGUCGCCGCGAUUCUCGCCCGUGCAAGGUUCGCCUCCGCCUCGUCCUCCGCCCUCUCUCUCGCCUCCUCCUCGCGCCACGCGCUCCCCGUCCGCCAGCUAGCGGCCGCCACGGCCCUCGCCCCCUCGCGCGCGUACGCCAAGCCGGCCAAGAAGGGCGGAAAGCCCUCAAAGCCCUCCAAGGGCCCCGCGGCGGACCACGACGGCGACGGCGACGGCGACGGGCCCGCGCCGAAGAAGCACGGCGGCGCGGGCAAGGCGGUCGCGACGGACGCGCUCGUGCCCGCGUCGCAGCUGCUCACGGCGGACGCGGAGUACCGCGGGACGGAGGGGAAGAUGCUCGCCGCGGCGGAGUGGCUCCGGAAGGAGGUCGCCGCGCUCGAGACGCGCGCGACGGGGCGCGUCACCCCGGGGCUGCUCGCGCCCGUGCGGGUGCGGGCGCAGGGCGCGAAGGACGCGCGCGGGGUGCGGCUGGAGGAGGUCGCGACGGUGGGCGUGAAGGACGGGACGGUGCUGAUCGUCACCGUGUUCGAGGAGCAUACGUUGAAGGCGGUCGAGGCGGCCAUCUACGAGGCAAAGAUCCCGAGUAUCACGCCGCAGAGGGUGGACUCGCGCACCCUCAAGAUUCCCGUGCCCAAGCCGACGGUGGAGGCGCGGAAAGCGUUGUACACAGACGCUGCACGCCAUGCGGAGGACUCGCGUGGGCAGAUCCGCAAGCUCACCCAAGCACUGAUGAAAAAGAAAAACAACCCGAAGAAAGGGACGGCAGAGUUCAACGCUUAUCAGGCUUUGAACGACAGGUUCAUGGGCGAGAUCGACAAAAUCCUGGCCCACUUGAAGAAAAGUACAGGCUAG